AUGCUUCUUCAAAGCUCCUUCAUUCUCUUGUUAUCGCUGGUGCGCUCCUCGCUUUCGGAGUCCUUCCAACCAUGUCCCAUUCUCGGUCCACGGUUUCCCCUUCCUAGCGGACUGGCCGGGGACAGUAUCGUUCAAUCUGUGCUGAAAAAUGCCACUGACACACUUGAUGAACUUGUUGCCACCUCCAACAGCACGUAUGGGACGAUUUCCUCCAACACUACCUCUUUCUCUAUCGGUCUGUUUACUUCCAAUGACCCUCUCAACAUUUCACAUCCCUUCUUUUAUGAGUACCAUUAUGCGGCGCCCGCCCUGGACAAAACAAAACUCGGAACGUCAAAACUUGACUCGGACAGCCUUUUCCGUAUCGGCACGGUCACAGAAGUCUUUACGGUCUGGGUGUUUCUCAUCGAGGCUGGAGAAGCAUAUUGGACCGACUCGAUCACGAAAUACCUACCAGAAUUGGCCGAGGAGAAAGGUCCAAUCACAUUUGGACACUUUUCAUGGGAGGAUGUCACACUUGGUGACCUUGCGGGACACGUUUCUGGAGUACCUCGAGAUUACGGCAUCACCGAUCUGAGCGCGCAGAAUUUUUCCCUUCCCGAUACGUCGGUAGUCGCGAAUCACUUUGGUUGUCUCCAGCAAACCUAUUUCUUCAAAGACCUGAGUGCCCGAUGGCCCGUUUAUCUCCCGGGCACAACUCCUAUUAUGUCGAAUACGGCUUUUCAACUGCUCGCCUAUGCCCUGGAGGGCAUCAAACACCGACCAUAUGAAGCCAUGUUCAACCAAACCGCGAAGUCAAUAGGGAUAUCACGCAGUAGCUUGCGUUGCCCACCAAACAGCACAAAUGCUGUGAUUCCGGGGGCAAACGAGAGCGUGAGCGGCUGGUCUACCGACUUUGGCGACGAAGCCCCGUCCAUCUCAAUGUAUUCCACAAUCACCGAUAUCUCAAGAGCAGGAAUAGCGAUGCUCAACUCCACAUUGAUUCCAUCUGCCAUGACACGCAGGUGGCUCAAGCCAAUUACCCACACAUCAAACCUAGUCAAUGACGCCGGUCGCCCCUGGAUUAUCUACAAAUCGACCGAGGAUCAGAGUCUCAUCAAUCCUGUCAUUGACAUCUAUACUAGCUAUGGCUCAGUGGGUCUUUACAGCUCAUAUUUCGGGCUCGUGCCCGAUUAUAACGUCGGCUUUGUCAUCCUCGCAGCAGAUGAAGUGUCCGCACCUGAUCUCAAUGUCCAUGUUGAUAUUGUCGCCGACAUGCUCCUACCGGGCCUCGAGGAAGCAGCGAUUAGUCAGGCAGGCUCUCUUUACACUGGAGAGUACAGAUCAAACCAAACAGCGGCAACUUUGAUUAUUGAAAAGCCGGAUGGCAUGCCUGGCUUGUCCUUGUCCAACUUCACAAUGGGAUCCACAGACAUUCGCGAAGAACUUGCAACCGUCGCCGGAAUUUCUCCAUCAGCGUUGAGUAUCAGGCUUUACCCAACGGAUUUGAUCGAGAGAACCACAUCCGGAGGAACCAAGAUUGCCUUCCGAGCUGUUUUUCAGGACGAAAAUGCCGCCAUUGACGCCGGAACCCCAACCUGCAUUACCUGGUUGAGCCUCGAUGUAUUGAAUUACUACGGGAAACCUCUGGAUUUGUUCAUUUUCAAUUUCAGCGAGGGGCAGACGAGCGUCGAGAUCCCAGCACUCAAUCUGGACAUGGUCAAAGAGUGA